UUUAACUCCUUCCAGGAUGACUGGCCCUCUGCCUGCGUUUCAGAGAGUUUCUGCAGGUCUUUUCUUCUUGGCCCUUUGGGGCAUGGUUGUAGGUGACAAGCUGCUGGUUGUCCCCUUGGAUGGAAGCCACUGGCUUAGUAUGAAGGAUAUACUUGAGCAUCUCAGUGGCAGAGGGCAUGACAUCGUGGUGCUGGUGCCAGAAAUCAAUUUGCUUUUGAAAGAAUCUAAGCACUACACAAGAAAAAUCUACCCAGUGAGCUACAGCCAAGAGGAGCUGGAAGAUCGUUUCCGCUCAUUUGGGAACCUUCAGUUUGCAGAGAGAGCAUAUGUGACCGCUGCUCUGAUGGAGUACAAGAAUAGCAUGGUCGUGAUUGACUUGUGGUUCUUCAACUGCCAGAGCCUCCUGAAGGACUCAAACACCCUGAACUUCCUCAAGGACAGCAAGUUCGAUGCUCUGUUCACAGACCCGGGGCUCCCCUGCGGUGUGAUCCUGGCCGAAUACCUGCAGCUGCCCUCCGUGUAUCUCUUUAGAGGCUUCCCCUGCUCCCUGGAGCACGUCCUUGACUUUGCUGGCUCACAGUGCCCCAACCCUUCUUCCUAUAUUCCUCAGUUGCUCACAACAUACUCUGACCAUAUGAGUUUCCUGCAGAGAGUCAAGAACAUGCUCUAUCCUCUGGCCUUGAACUUGUUUUGCAGCACCGUUUUUGGGCCUUACCCAAGGAUCGCCUCUGAGCUGUUCCAGAGAGAAGUGUCUCUGGUGGAUGUUCUCAGCCAUGCUUCCUUGUGGCUGUUCAGAGGGGACUUUGUGUUGGACUACCCCAGGCCCAUCAUGCCCAACAUGGUCUUCAUCGGGGGCAUCAACUGUGUCAGCAGGAAGCCGCUCUCACAGGAAUUUGAAGGUUAUGUUAAUGCUUCUGGAGAACAUGGAAUUGUGGUUUUCUCUUUGGGAUCCAUGAUUUCAGACAUUCCGGAAAAGAAAGCUAUGGCCAUUGCUGAGGGUUUGGGCAAAGUUCCUCAAACGGUCCUGUGGCGCUACACUGGAACUCCACCAUCAAAUCUUGCAAAGAAUACGAUCCUUGUGAAGUGGUUACCCCAGAAUGAUCUGCUUGGUCACCCAAAGACCCGGGCGUUUAUCACACAUUCUGGCUCCCACGGUAUCUAUGAAGGAAUAUGCAAUGGUGUCCCCAUGGUCAUGAUGCCCUUGUUUGGGGAUCAGAUGGACAAUGCAAAGCGCAUGGAGACACGGGGAGCUGGUGUGACCUUGAAUGUCCUUGAAAUGACUUCUGAUGAUUUAGCAAAUGCUCUAAAAAAGGUCAUCUAUGACAAAAGCUACAAGGAGAACAUCCUGCGCCUCUCCACCCUGCACAAGGACCGACCCAUAGAGCCACUGGACCUGGCUGUGUUCUGGGUGGAAUUCGUGAUGAGGCACAAGGGGGCGCCACACCUGCGCCCUGCAGCCCACGACCUCACCUGGUACCAGUACCACUCCUUGGACGUGAUCGGCUUCCUCCUGGCCAUUACGCUGUCUGUGUCCUUCAUCACCCUCAAGUGUUGCGCCUAUGGCUUCCGGAAAUGCUUUGGGAAAAAGGAGCAUGUGAAGAAAACCCCAAAAUCCAAGACACAUUGAGAAGUGGGUUGGGAGAAAGGAGAAAAUCUAAUCCAUUCUCUAAUCAAAUGCACACUUGAAAACAGAGUUAAUGUGAAAUUCUCUUUACUCUCAUUAAAGAAAUCCCUUAGGAAAUCUUAGACAACCUUGAAAUAUUUUUUAAUAAAAAUAAUUGAAUCACUGGUUACCUCUAUAGUCAAAGGUAUUUGAAUAUGUAUUCUACCUCCCCAGGAUCUUGAGUCUGUGCUGUCCUUGUUGUUUGUCAAAUGACUUACAGAGGGCAAUAUUUUUCUUACUCAGAAAAGUUACCUGUUUGGGAGUACAGGAUUCAGAGGUGGGCCCAGGGUGGUUUAAGGUCACGAUUUCUGUAGCCUCCUGUUGUUAGUGCCUCAGCAGUGAUGGUUGGUCCCUCUUACUGUCAUGCUUCAUAGGUGUCACUCUGUGUGUUUAGAGAAGGAAACCUUUUGUACCUUUAGGGUAUCAACAAAUGGCUUGGAAUCCUUGAAAACAACAUCAUUUCCAACUUUGGGGGGAAAAUUGAUGGGUGAUGGUAAUAACUGAUUGUGUCAACUGGAUUGGAAUUUGAUAAGAACCGAAGUAUCAGGCUGGGGGAGUAUUUUUUUUAAUGUUUCCCAUAAGUACAAUUUUAUUAAUACAUGCAAAUAAAUUAUAUUUUGGAGGUG